AUUCAACUUCAAGAUAUGCAUCCACUGCUUCCACUGAGAGAGGAAGAAAGAAAAAACAAGAUGAAAAUGAGAGAAGGUUGAAGAGAGAGAAUAUCAUAUCAUAGUGUAGUAUAGUGUGUUGGUGUGGCUACUUUGGAAACAGGAAAACCAGACGAACUUAUUUGGCUUUGGUUUAUGUUUGUGUUCUGUAAAUUCCUCUUCACAGUCUUCUUCUCUUUCACGUAAUUUCCCGAAAGCCAAAGAAAGAAAAGACAAGAAAAAUUUUGGAUUUUUUUUUAAUCUUACCCUGAUCCUGAAUUUGUUCGGUUUCUUCUUUCUGACAAUGUUGGAACUUCAGCAUUAUCGGUUCUGCAACUGACACUUUCAGCAAAGGCAACACCUUCUCACGUUUUGGUGUUACUUCGUCGUCGCUUCUUACCAACAUGGCUUCAAAAUCCAGAUCCGGUUUAUCGGAAACCUCCAACAAAGCAACUCCGGCCACUCCCAACAAGGCACGGCCAUCAACUCCCAACAAAACGUCACCUGCAACUCCAAGAGUUAGUAGACUCAGCAAAGGAGUGUCCAAAUCGGAGUCAGAAUCGCCAUCACCUCUGCAAAAUUUGCGCCUCUCUGCAGAAAAAUCGUCGCCACGAGCUUCGAAUUCAAAGCCUGUCACCGAGCGCAAAUCACCAAGACCUGCAUCCACCACACCUGAUAAACAACUUCCAAGAGUUGCGAAGGGUUCAGAAUUGCAGACGCAGUUAAAUCUUGCUCAAGAAGAUCUAAAGAAAGCAAAAGAACAGCUGAUUCAGGCUGAAAAAGAGAAGGCAAAAGCGAUUGAUGAGCUGAAAGAAGCGCAGAGAGUGGCUGAGGAAGCAAAUGAGAAACUCAUGGAGGCAAUGGUGGCUCAGAAGCGGGCCGAGGAGGAUUCCGAGAUUGAGAAGUUCCGAGCCGUUGAGUUGGAACAGGCUGGAAUUGAAGCUGUUCAGACGAAGGAAGUGGAGUGGCAGAAAGAGCUGGAAAGUGUGAGGAACCAGCAUGCUUUGGAUGUGGCUUCUCUUCUCUCCACUACUCAGGAGCUUCAGCGGAUUAAGCAAGAACUUGCCAUGACUUGUGAUGCAAAGAACCAGGCACUGAGUCAUGCUGACGAUGCAACUAAAAUUGCGGAGCUUCAUGUGGAGAAAGCCGAGAUUCUUUCAGCUGAACUGAUGCAUUUGAAGGCCUUACUAGAUUCGAAGCUGGAAACCGAGGCUAGGGAAAACAAGAUUGUAUCUGAGCUGCAAACAGAGAUUGAUGCUCUAAAUGAAGAACUUGAAAAGGCAAAGGAUUAUGAUGUGAAGUUGACGGAGAAAGAAAAUCACAUUGAACAUCUUAAUGUGGAGCUUGAAGCUGCCAGGAUGGCUGAAUCUUAUGCACACAAUCUGCUAGAGGAGUGGACGAAAAAGGUCGAGGAGCUAGAAGUGAAGGUUGAAGAAGCAAAUAAGUUGGAGAGAUCUACAUCAGUGUCUUUGGAAUCAGUAACGAAACAGUUGGAAGGAAGCAAUGAGUUGUUACAUGAAGCAAAAUCUGAAAUUUCUAGUCUUAAAGAGAAG